CUGCCCUCAAAAUGGCCGCCGCACAACCCCCCCCCACCCUCCGCCGCGCGCCCCCACACCAGUCGUCACCCCUCAGCCCGCGCGCCGCUUCGUGAUUGCAUCCCCGCAGCUCUUAUAAAUAUGGCCGUAUUCCUCCCGCCUUUACUGAUUGCCCGUAUACCGCCCGCCCGCACCACCCCCCCGCCCUCACCCCCCGCGACCGCGCCGCCGGCGUCUGAAUAG